ACGUGACUACGUUUUGUCUACAGCAGCCUAUCCUGAGCAAUAUGUCACUUCCUGUCCCCGAUAACCUUCAGCGAAGCCCCGUCAUGGACCCCAUCUAGUAGCCCUCGGCUACGCCUGCACCUACGGUAGACGUGCCGGUCAGCAUACAGCGCACCCCGAUCAUUACGCCGCGCCCUAGCACCAGGUCUUGUGUCAGAUAACAACCUGACCUCGCCGAUCACCGCAGCUUGCCGCACGCCUUCUCCUACUUCCCCGCCUCACGGACAGGCGUUUGCUCACGGACACAGGGCGGGGAGUGAGAGAGACGUCCUCCCGGCUGCUGCCGUGAACUUUCACUAGUCACUCCCACGUGGUUUGGAUACUUCUAGAAGUGGCAGCACCGUGUCCGGUCUCCAGCCCUCACCGUACCAACUCCUUUCCCCGCUCCAUUCUAACCGAUCUCUGAAGCGUCACAAUGCUGAGCGCUGGUAAAGUCGUCGGUCGCCUGCUGUCAUGCGUUCCCCGGAGCGGAGCCCGCCAGGGUUGUUUCAGCGAAGAUGGUCUAAGUGCAGUUUAUAAGCGAAACUAUGCUUCUGAAGCAAUUAAAGGAGCAGUAAUUGGAAUAGAUCUGGGAACUACAAAUUCCUGUGUUGCUGUUAUGGAAGGAAAACAAGCAAAGGUCUUGGAAAAUGCAGAAGGAGCUAGAACUACUCCUUCUGUUGUUGCCUUUUCAACAGAUGGGGAACGCUUAGUUGGAAUGCCUGCUAAGCGUCAGGCCGUUACUAAUCCCAACAACACAUUUUAUGCAACAAAACGCCUUAUUGGCCGUCGAUUUGAUGAUUCUGAAGUUCAAAAAGAUAUAAAAAAUGUUCCUUUUAAGAUUGUGCGUGCAUCAAAUGGUGAUGCUUGGGUGGAAGCGCAUGGGAAGCUGUAUUCUCCUAGUCAGAUUGGUGCAUUUGUACUUAUAAAAAUGAAAGAGACAGCAGAAAAUUAUCUGGGUCAUUCUGCUAAGAAUGCUGUAAUUACUGUCCCUGCCUACUUCAAUGAUUCCCAAAGACAGGCAACAAAAGACGCUGGGCAGAUCGCUGGACUAAACGUUUUGAGAGUUAUUAAUGAACCUACUGCUGCUGCUCUUGCAUAUGGCCUGGAUAAGUCUGAUGAUAAAAUCAUUGCCGUCUAUGAUCUUGGAGGUGGUACUUUUGAUAUUUCAAUCCUAGAAAUUCAGAAAGGGGUGUUUGAAGUGAAAUCCACUAAUGGUGAUACUUUCCUUGGAGGAGAGGACUUUGACCAAGCACUAUUGCAACAUAUUGUGAAGCAGUUUAAAAGAGAGACUGGUGUGGAUCUAACGAAAGACAACAUGGCUCUACAAAGAGUGCGAGAGGCUGCUGAGAAGGCAAAGUGUGAACUAUCGUCAUCAGUACAGACGGAUAUAAAUUUGCCGUACCUCACCAUGGAUUCUUCUGGACCAAAACAUCUGAAUAUAAAGUUUACGCGUUCUCAGUUUGAGGGCAUUGUGGCUGACUUAAUAAAGAGGACUGUUUCACCAAGCCAAAAAGCUAUGCAAGAUGCUGAAGUCAGUAAGAGUGAUAUUGGAGAAGUUCUCCUAGUUGGUGGAAUGACAAGAAUGCCAAAGGUCCAGCAAACUGUUCAGGAUUUGUUUGGUCGUGCUCCGAGCAAAGCUGUUAAUCCCGAUGAGGCUGUUGCUAUUGGCGCAGCUAUUCAAGGUGGAGUAUUGGCUGGUGAUGUUACAGACGUUCUGCUGUUAGAUGUCACUCCUCUGUCUCUUGGAAUUGAAACGCUUGGUGGAGUUUUUACAAAAUUAAUCGGCAGAAACACAACUAUUCCAACCAAAAAGAGUCAGGUCUUCUCUACUGCAGCUGAUGGGCAGACUCAGGUGGAAAUUAAAGUGUGUCAAGGAGAACGAGAGAUGGCUAGUGAUAAUAAAAUUCUAGGCCAGUUUACAUUGGUUGGAAUACCACCAGCACCUCGUGGAGUGCCUCAAAUAGAAGUUACUUUUGACAUAGAUGCCAAUGGAAUUGUUCAUGUAUCUGCAAAAGAUAAAGGAACUGGACGUGAACAGCAGAUUGUCAUACAGUCUUCUGGUGGACUCAGUAAAGAUGAUAUUGAAAAUAUGGUGAAAAAUGCUGAAAAGUAUGCAGAGGAAGAUAGAAGAAGAAAGGAACUUGUUGAAGCUGUAAACAAUGCAGAAGGAAUUAUUCAUGAUACUGAAUCAAAGAUGGAGGAAUUUAAGAGCCAGCUGCCAGAAGAUGAGUGCCAGAAGCUCAAGGAGGAGAUCAGCAAAAUGAAGGAGCUUUUGGCUCGGAAAGACUCAGAAACUGGAGAGAGCAUUAAACAAGCUGCAUCAUCUCUUCAGCAAGCUUCACUGAAGCUCUUUGAAAUUGCAUACAAAAAGAUGGCAUCAGAAAGAGAUAACUCUGGAACUGGAGAGCAAAAAGAAGAGCAAAAAGAAGAGCAGAAGGGAGACAAGCAGUAAAUUGAGAGAAUCGAAAUACUGAAUAGAGGCUUGGGCGCAUAGUAACGUGGACGUCCUGAGCAGGAAUGUUCAAUCCAAUGUUCUACUGUGUUUUGGCAGUACUUUAUAUAAUUUCUUUACUAUAUUGAUUUACUUCUGUAUCGACAGUGUCCUUUCUGUUUUUUUCCUCCCGUUUUGUCACUUUAGCUAUCAAAAACCCCAUGGACUAUGUAAACCUUUUUAGGAGGAUUUUUUUUAUUAAAUUUAUAAUUUCUUCCCAUCACUCAACUCAAUCCUGUUUUAGACUUAUUAUGAUCUGGGAGUCUGUUGUAAAUUUCAUACUAAUGCCUCAUAUUUGAGGCACAAUAAAGUGAAAAGUUGAGUUAA